ACUUAAUAAUAGCUAAAAAAUAAUCGACAAUUUCAUUGUUUGUACUUUUGGUUAAAAGGCUACUAACACUACAAUACAUUAUGGGAUGAACCGAUUUUGAUGAUCAUAUAAAGAUGGGUGAAAAGGAUCAGGAUAUAAAGAGCCCAAUGAAAAGAGUUGGAUCUACAAGAAAGAUCGUUAUGUUUAGUAGUAUUCGUCAGCAACUUAAUGAACAACUACGUUGUCUUGAUACCAGAGUGGAGUCACAAAUUGGAUUAAUUCAAGAAAUACAAGAUUUCUUUCGCCGUCGUGGAGAAUUAGAGUUAGACUACAGUAAAAGCUUAGAGAAAUUUGCACGUGGAUUACUGUUAAAACACAAGGAACAAAAACAAAAAAGAGAUCACUGGCCAAUAUUUUCAACGUUUGCGUGUUGGCAACAUUUAGUUAAGGAAACUCAGUCUUUAUCAAAAGAUCACGCAAUAUUGGCCGACCUAUAUUCUAUAAGUAUUGUUGCAAGUUUACAGACCACUAUUGAAGAUGUUCAGAGGAUAUAUAAAAAGGUUAAAUUAAUAGGAUAUGAAAUUCACGAAGAUAUUCAACAUUUACUUCAAGAACUUCAUACGACAAUGAAAACGUAUCAAAGAUACGAGAGUGAAUGUAAAUCAGCCAAGCUAAAGUUGGUUACUGCAGAAGCCCAGAGAAAAAAAUUGGAGCAGACAAUUGCAAAAGAAAAACUUGAACGGAAUAAGAAAUAUAAACUUACCGAAAAAGAAAUAGUCAAAAGGGACACAAAAUAUAAAGAUGCAAGACUGAAAGCGCUAAAAGCUAAAACUGAAUACCAGUUAUGUUUGGAAGCUUCAAAUACUACGAUACAUAAAUAUUUUGUGGAAGAUUUGUGUGAUCUAAUAGAUUGUAUGGAUCUUGGAUUUGGAUCUAUGAUUUCAAAAGCGAUACUAAUGCAUGUUUCGGCAGACCAGGGUCGAUCAAGGGCAAUUCUUCAACAAGCAGAUAAUCUCUCACAUUUAAUACACUCGAUCGAUUGUCGAGCUGAUAAGCAAAAAUUUUUAGAACACCAUCAUGCAGCGUUUAUAAUACCUAAACGUUUAGAGUUGCAAUGCCAACAAGAUCAGACUGAAAUAAUUGAAAUGGAUAUAAAAAAAGAAUUACAUUUAGAUAUGGAACAAAGAUUAGAAACUUUAGGUCAAAGGUUGCGAGAUCUUCGCAUAGAAUGCGACGAAGUUUGGAAGUCACUCGAGACAGCUGAAACGAAACUCUUGGAACAUUAUAAUAACAAGGACAAUGACACCAGCGAUAUUUUCACUGAAGGUAAACACUAUAUACAUAAGACACCCAACAGCAAUAUUACGCCUAAGUUAAAAGCUGAAAAGCAGGACAUCGAAGAUUAUUACAUAUUGAAAAUACGAGAAUAUAUAAACGGAACUUCACGCAUAGCACGUUUAAGCGCAAAGGCUGAAUUUAUACGAAACGUUUUAGUUAAGAACAGUUCAUGCUGUAUACCUUCUCAAACGAAAGCCAUAACAUCAACCCGGAAGCGAAUUGGACGUGUUAAUAUUACUGGCCAACCAAAAUUAUUUGGCGGUUCCUUAGAAGAAUAUUUAGAAUUUACCAACGAGGAAGUACCACUUGUUAUGCGUAGCUGCAUACGUGUCAUUAAUUUAUAUGGAUUACAUCAUCAAGGAAUAUUUAGAGUUUCCGGUUCCCAAGUGGAAAUUUCAAACUUUCGAGAAGCAUUUGAAAGGGGCGAAGAUCCACUUGCAGAUACAAAUGACGCGUCGGAUAUUAAUUCCGUUGCUGGGCUUUUAAAGCUGUACUUGCGAGAAUUAAGGGAGCCAUUAUUUCCUAUAGUAUAUUUCGAACAUUUUGUAUCUAUAGCAGAAAUACGUUCAAAAGAGGAUAUCAUAACAGCAAUAAGAAAUUUUUUAAGCAAUCUUUCUCCUACGGUUUUAAUAGUUAUUCGUUAUUUAUUCGCUUUUCUAAAUCAUCUAUCGGAAUAUGCGGAUGAAAAUAUGAUGGAUGCAUUUAAUUUAGCUAUUUGUUUCGGUCCGACCCUCAUGCCUGCGCCGGAAGAUAAAGAUCAAGUUCAAUACCAAAAUCAGAUAAACGAGCUUAUUAAAUGUAUGAUAUUAUACCACGAUGAUAUUUUUCCGCCGGAUUUAGUAGGCUUGGAAUACGAAAAAUAUAUAUCUCACGAACCUUUCAUGGAUAUUUUUGUUGGUGAAUCCCCAGUCGAUAAUGUGACCGAAGAUCCGGACUCAGAAAUUUGUCCCUCCGAAGAUGAAUCAGAAACUCUGGAAGCCACAGUUCAGUUCGAUUUUAAAGCACGAUCGAAUCGUGAAUUAUCAAUUCGCAAAGGAGAUAUCGUAAUCUUAAGAAAACAGGUAUCUAAUGAUUGGUGGCACGGAAUAUUAAAUGGAACAGAGGGACUAAUACCAGAUAAAUAUAUAUCGCUUAGAAUCAAAGGAGAAGACAGAGACAAAAUAUCUAUUGAACAAUACAACCAUAGGGAUAUUAAUGUUGAGAACGAGCCGACUGUUGAAAUUCAAACAGAAACCACAAAAGAGGAUUGUCACGUAUAUUUACAGCCUAAUAUUGAUCCAAUAUCAUACAAUUCAAGAACCGAUAAUGAAUUUUAUGAACAUAAUUCAUUGAAUGACUACGAGAAACAUGCCGAAAUACAGAUUGUAAACACCUGUGACAAUUUAGAGCGUCUACCGGCACCGGAGUCAAAGCAAUGUAUUUCCGAUUUCAAUAAAAAACCCAUUAACACUCAUCAAAACAGCAUCGAAAUAUUGCAAAGAAACGCAGAUGUAGUAGAUAAUUCAGUCAUAUCCGACAUACCCUCGGUAAAUGUUAAUGUUGACAGUGUUCAACCUACAGAGGAUUUUGAACGUUCUAUUAAAACUGACGAUACAACCGAAGAGGAUUUGAAGAAUUUGAGUGAAUUCCAAAAAAAUAAAUUUUUAUGGGAAGUAAGAUCACGCGGUACAUCCAAGGAAAGUUGCUACAAUUUGCCAUACGAAAAGAAGCCCAUUGCACCCGAUCUAGUUAUGGAUUUACCAAUCUCAAAAAAUAAAUCAAUUUUUGAGUGUGCUUUUCAAGAAAAUGCAGAGGAUAUCGAUGAAACAACACAGAUAAAAGGAAAUACGGGGAUUUUUAAAAACGCCGACCAUACGACAGUUUUGAAGAAAAAAAAAUCGAAUGAUGUAUCCAAAGCAGUCAGUGCUUCAAAAUCCGUGUUAGUUAGUGAAGAUCUACAAUCUCAAAGUGAUCUUUUUAUUGUAGAAGGAAAUAAUUUAUAUGCCAAUAUAAAUCCUUCAUCCGCGAAAGCACGUGGAUUUAAAUUAGAUCACGAAUUAAAUCAAUAUCAAAUGGCGCACAAACAGAAUGAUUUAAAAAAUAAGGAAACGAAUUCGAAUGAAAAUAGAGUUGAAUCAAAUACAAGUAACAAUAUGGAGUAAAAGGCCUUGUUAAUGUAUUACUCCAAUAAUCAAUAUACAUAUUUUUAUUUAUUUAUUUUAUAUUUUUGAAUUUAUGUAUAAUCAAAAUACAUUAAUGAGCUUUUCCUCCUAAUAAAUAAAAGGAAUCACUAAAUAAUGGCAUUACAAUCGAAAAAAUAUAUAUUUAUACCACGUGUCGGUAUCACAACGUAUGUACUAUAUAUUGAAGUAUGACAUACAUAGAAUUAUACUUGCUUUAUAAUUAAUUUGAAAUU